UUUUAUCAACCCUGUUGUGCGCGGCGGACGGUCUUUUUUGCAGCUGCUGCAAACGUCGAUAAUCGAGCCUGAGCAUUCUCUCUCUCCUCGGAGCGGAAUUUAUUGAUUUUUCCCAUUUUGCGUCGUACAGCAAGUUGGUCACCAACGAUCCGGGUGCCUGUUGUGAAUACGUUCUUCCCUGCCAGCGACACGAAAGACUAUUAAUAAGAACGCAAAAUGGCUGCUACCGCUCUGGCCCACGAGAAAGUAUGGAUCGAUCGGAACGCCAUCGCCACGGCGGAGAAAAAGUACUACGAGUACCUGUCGAAGCUUUCCGUUGCGGAGAAGAAAAUGGAGCCGAACGAUGGCGUUGCGGCGGACGCGACAGAACCGAAAAUAGAACAGCCAAAAAAAGCGAACGCCUCGCAGCGGUCGCCGCCGGAGGCAACAUUACAGCAGCAGCUACAGAAUCCGGUCAGUGCUGCUGCCCCUGGGGACCCAUCGGUACCGGCUGCUGAUGCUCCGAAGCCAAAGAGGGACAAAAAAAAGCGCAACAGGGGCAAGAAGGAGAGCACUCCUGUGGCCGAUAAUGAACCUUCCGACUGGUGGAGCGAUGCCACACCGGUUGCCCCAGCGCCUCAACCGGAAGCACCGGUUGCCCCAGUAGCUCAACCGGAACCGGAGGCCGAGUUUCAGAAGGAAUGGGGCAAGAAAAAGUCGAAGAAAUCGAAGAAGUCCAAGUGGCAGGAAACGGAAGCGGGCGCGGAGUUGGUCGCGGAAAAACAGUACGACGAAAGCGCGAUGUUGGUGCAACAGCAGAACGCUAAGAACCAGAAGGAAAAAGAGAAUCUGUCCCACAAGCUGUGCGAUAACAUAACGGAGGAACUGAACAAGAUUAACUCCGCUCCGUCUCAAUGCACACUGGCGUCGGAAAUCUCAAAGGCCCGUCAGCAUAUCAAAAAUUCCCUCGAACGGAUGGAUGGUAUUGCCGCUUUGGCUGCUAGCCCUGGCGCGGAACUACUGGACCGUUUGUCCUCAGUGGAGAAGGAAAAUGAACAGUUGCGCUCGAUUAUUGACGGACUGAACAAUCUGGUUCUCGAUUUGCACGAACGCGUCAAAUCGCUUGAAUCCGGCAAAACGUCGUCGACGACCGCCAAACCUGCAGCCGCAGCUCCUGCGAAGAAGGCUCCGGCCGUCGAUGAAGACGAGGACGACGAUGUCGAUCUGUUUGGCUCGGAUGAGGAGGACGAAGAUGCUGCGGCUGCCGCGCUGCGCGAAAAGCGCCUGGCCGAUUAUGCGGCCAAAAAGUCAAAGAAGCCGGCCCUCGUCGCCAAGUCGAACAUCAUUCUUGACAUCAAACCAUGGGACGACGAGACCGAUAUGAAGGAGAUGGAACAGCAGGUACGCAAGAUCAGUGCCGACGGAUUGCUGCUCGGUGCCGCCAAACUGGUCCCACUUGCCUACGGUAUUCACAAGCUGCAGAUGUCGUGCGUCAUCGAGGACGAUAAGAUUUCGGUCGACUGGCUACAGGAGGAGAUCGAAAAGAUUGAGGACUUUGUGCAGAGUGUGGACAUUGCCGCGUUUAACAAGAUCUAAUGCGGACUGUUCGGCUCCCAGGGUACAUGUUUUAAUCGAUUUUAACGUACAGAAACACUCGCCAAUGGCGAACUUCACAAUGAUAAUGAGAACGUAAACAAACAAACAACGCUUGGUCGUCACAAUUCUACUCUCCAGUGAUGCAUCUUUCAAAUUGAAAGUAAGUUUAAUUAACAAUUGAAUAUUCUAGCCAAACACGAUACCGGGAGGGUGAGCCCCGAGGUAAAACCAUCAUUUUUCUCACUUUCUAAUCGUCGUCGUUAGUGCGUUCGGAAAAAAAGUAACUAAGAAAGCAAGUAGCGCGCUGUACACAACGCUUAACAACAACUAACUAUUGGCGGCUACGGGAACAUGUACCCGAACCGCAGGCGCAAGUUGAUGAAUGAAAAAUAUAAACUCUAUACGAA